AUUAGGAUGUGUAUCCCACAUUGAAGAAAUAAAAAAGUUGUGUUCACAUUAUAAGGCUAAGGGACUACUUUUUUAUUGGCAUAUGAUUUUAAGGUGGAAUCUCCUUGAUAGUAUAAAAUAGACAGUUGUGACGGGUGUGGCUCAGACCCGUUUAAAAAAAAAAAAAAGAUUUUCUUAAAUAUUAUAGUUAAGGAAAGAAAUCACAAUGAUAGUAUAAUAUAUCUAUAAUAGGUAUAAAUCAGAAUACAAUAAUCAAUUACACCAACAAUAAUACAAAUGAUAAUUGAAUUUAAUUCAAUUUUUUUCUCAGUCAUCUUCUAUAUAUAAUCUCAAUUCUCUGCUAUUUUUUUUAUCUCUCUCAUUGUUGUCAUCAUUUCUCCCUUAUUUUUGGGAAUUUAAGAAUAAAAUAACGGCAGUGAAAAAGAAAUGUUAGGAAGUGAAAUGACUAACGUUGGUGGCAGCAGCGGCGGCGUUGACGGUGGAGGAAUGCAAAAUCCACCAACGGAGCCUCCGCAGGCGGUGACACAGAACAUUCCUGUUGUUGCUGGCUCGGAAGGAAUCGCCGUGUCCAGGCCGGUUUCCGGUAUUGGCAGUGGACGUGGCAAUGGCAAUGGCCGUGGCGGUGACAGUGGAAGAGGCCGUGUCAAUGGUAGGGGACGUGGCAGUGGCAGUGGCAGUGGUAAUGGCAAUGGCAAUGGGGAGUCAUCAAGGAAGAGGAGAGGUAGGCCUAGAAAGAAUGGCCCUGAAUUUUCAUCAAUGGCUAUUCCUCUCUCUUUUGCUUCUCCUGGUGUCACCAUUGCCACUCCGCCGCCGCAGCAACAUCAAAGGAUACAGUUUCGCCAACUGCCUCCUUACCAUCUCAUGCAGCACCAGCAACAACUACAUCAGAGUUUUCUUCAGCAGGAGCAGCCACCGCUGCCGAUGCUGCAGCAGCAACAGACUGCUCCUCAACUGCAGCAACAACAGAGUUUUCUUCAACAGGAGCAGCUGCCGCUGCCGACGCUGCAGCAGCAACAGACUGCUCCUCAACUGCAGCAACAACAGAGUUUUUUUCAGCAGGAGCAGCCGCCGCUGCAGCAGCAACAGACUGCUCCUCAAUUGCAGCAACAACAGAGUUUUUUUCAGCAGGAGCAGCCGCCGCUGCCGACACUGCUGCAGCAACAGACUGCUCCUCAACUGCAGCAACAACAGACUGCUCCUCAACUGCAGCAACAACAGACUGCUCCUCAACUGCAGCAACAACCUCCUCCUCAGAAGCAGGGGCAGUCACCGCUGCCGCAACAUCCGCCUCUUCAAGAGGUGCAACAACAACCGCAACAGCCACCUCUUCAGGAGGUGCAGCAACCAUCGCUACUGCAACAACCACCGCAUCUUCAGGAGGAGCAGCAGCCGCCUCCACCGCAGCCGCAACAGGAGGACCAGCAGCAGCUGCAACCACAACAGCAACAGGGUGGUGGAUCACGAAGUAGGGUCAGAGGACGUCCCCGGGGUGGUGGGAGAGUGCGUCAGGGAAAUCCUGCACUUUGUGGCGGCCUUAAUGGAGAUGUAAUUAUUGUUAAUACUGGAGAGGAUAUAUCCUCUAAAAUCAUGUCACUUACCCAAAGUGGUGCUAGUGUUAUCUUCAUUAAUUCUGCUAUCGGAUCUAUAUCGAGUGCGACAAUUCGUCCAGUAGUGUUGCCUGGUGACUUAUCAACAUAUGAGGGACGUUUCGAAAUUGUGUCACUCUCAGGUUCAUUCAGGCUUUUAGAUGGCGGCAGUGGUCCACGUAGUUGGAGUGGCGGUUUAACUGUUUCUUUAAAAGAUCCUGAUGGCCGUAUUUUAGGAGGUGGUGUUGCCGGUCUCUUAACUGCUGCGUCUCCAGUACAGGUUGCUGUAUUCUGCAAUAUGGGAAAUACAGAAUCUGUUGUUACUCCUGCAAGACCUCUUGCUGUGGCUGGACCAGCAGGACCCAGAAGCCCACCAUCACAUGGGACUUUGAGUGAAUCUCCAUGCAUGACAGGAAUCCCAUUUAACCAAACUGCCGGAGCUGCUGAUAGCACUGCGGAUCCACUCAUCAUAUCCGUCAGUCCAUGAGGAAGUGGCAUCUUUGCUACAUGCUUUGGCAUGGUGUAAAACUAUCAUAUUGAUCAGGCCACCACAAUCUUGGUCCUGAUUCGUAUUCAAUGCCUUUGUUUAGUUUAAGUACUCUCUUUAUUGUCAUACUUGACUGACAGGAGAGUGAGUAGUUACUAGUUAUAGAUGAUACAGCCCAUAGGUUUAAGAUCUACUAGUCUAGGUCGAAGUGUAGCUCAUGCUCUCAGGAGAGGGUAUUAGAUUGGGAUUCAGGUCACUAUUCUUUGAUCUGAUGUUUAAUUAAACAUUAUUAUUUAUUUAUUGCAGUUUGAUCCUUCAUCAUAAUGAUAGUCAGCAAUUCUCUUGAU